AUGUCCUCCGACGAGAAUAUCAGCAACGACAAGCAAGAUGCCGCCACCAUUGAGAUGCUGCGUCGCUACCAGACUGCCGACAGCGUCUUGCUUCCAAUCCCUCGCGAUGCCUUUGAGAAGCUCUACCUGAGCCCAAAGACCCCCACAGCUGGAAACCUGCGUCGCACCUUUGGCAACCCAACCCCCAUCUCGCUGCUGGGCUUCCUGCUCGCUGCGACGCCGGCAGCCAUGUUGACCAUGGGCUGGGGUGGUUCGGGAGGUAAUGGUGGUGCCAUCCUCCCCGUAUAUAUCUUCUUCGGGGGCAUGGUGCAGAUUUUCGGUGCAGUAGGUGAAUGGAUCAUUGGUAACACGUUUUCAUGUGCGCUGUUCUUCACAUACGGAACCUUUUGGAUCGUGCAGGGAACUUCGCUGAUCCCAUGGUUUGGAGUUGGAACCAACUACUCGCCUACGGGCAAUUCUCUCGAGGGAAUGAAAACACCCGAGUUUGCUGCCACCACCGGUCUCUACUUUGCAGCACUUUCUGUCCUGACUUUUGUAUACCUGCUUUGCUCGAUUCGCACCAACAUCUGCCUCUUUCUUGCCCUUUUCCUGCUUGUGAUCACAUUUUCUCUAUUUGCGGCGACCUACUUUCAGCUGUCUUAUGGGAACUUGGAACACGCGGCCAAGCUCGAGUCGGUUGCCGGUGGGUUCAAUUUCGCUUUGUGUCUGCCUAUUUGGUGGAUCUUUGCGGCUCAGAUCUUUGAGGCGGUUGAUUUCCCUUUUUCACUUCCCGUGGGUGACUUGAGCACUGUGAUUCAGGGACGAAGCCAAAAGCAGAGGAAACGUGAGGCCGAGGUCCAGUGA